GCUGUUAUUUUUUAUUCAGUUCGAAUAAUACAAAUACAGGCAGUUAUUUUGUGAAAUAUCAAUUUGAGGGUGUUUUUAUCUAAUACUAUGUCAUUUAUAACUUCAUCAUGAAUAAUCACUUUACUGUAGGUGUUCUUCGUCUAAUAAUUGUUCAACUUCAAGUUACAACUGCACAAAUUCCUGAUGAGUGUUGGAGUUGUGGUUGCUGCGCUUACGGAUAUUACAAUAAAUGUGAUAUCAAUGGUUACUGUAAUAACGGGUGUCAAGAUGGAUAUUGGGGUGACAAUUGUAACAAAAAAUGCAUGUACACGAAGUGUUACCGAUGUGAUCGCACUAAUGGAUAUAUAUGCGAGUGUAGGCCAGGCUACUACGGAAUCGAUUGUGAGUCUUGGUGUGGAACUAAUUGUGAUACAUGUGACAAAACCAAAGGAUGCCUUUCUUGCAAAGACGAUUACUGGGGUAGUACAUGCAAUAAAAAAUGUAUAAUAAAUUGCAAUGUUUGUUCGAAGUCGAAUGGUCAAUGUAAUUCUUGUGUGAACGGAUACUGGGGACGAUUUUGCGAUGAUAAAUGUGGUAGUCAGUGUAAAACGUGUAACAAAUGGAAUGGUUGUACAGUAUGUAAUAAGGGAUAUUAUGGCUCUAAAUGUGGAAAUUACUGCGGAGACAAUUGUGCCAGUUGUGAUAAACAGCUUGGUUGUACUGCAUGCGACACAGGGUAUAAUGGACCCUCUUGCAUGUGUGAUGCAAAUUGUAUUCAAUGUGAUAACCUCAAAGGAUGUACAAGUUGCAAACCCGGAUACUAUUCAAAUAAAGGUGUAUGUCAUGAAUGUGUUUAUAAAUUAUUAGGGUGCACAUGUACUUAUACCCAAAACUGCAUUGGUUGCAUUAAUGGAUAUUUCCUGAAGUCAAACAUUUGUUCACCUUGUCCCCAUAACUGUAUAACGUGCACUACGUCUACACAGUGCACUUCCUGUACGGAGGGUCGAUUUGGAAAUAUAUGCCAGUAUCAAUGUUCCGAAGGCUGCUUUAGAACAUGCCAUACUAUCGACGGAUCUUGCAAAUGCAAAGAAGGUUGGGCAGGGGAUAGAUGUGACAAAUGUGACGAUAGAUACUUUGGAAACAUGUGCAGCGAACAAUGUAGAAACAGCUGUUCAUCAUGUACAGGAGAUUAUAAUUGUCAACGUUGUACACCUGGAUAUUAUGGUGCUUAUUGUCAAUACAAAUGCGGGAAAGGCUGCAUAAAUGACAGUUGUGAUAUCAAAUCAGGUCAUUGCCAAUGCAAAAAUAAUAAAUUUAUUAAAUCAAAAGCAUCAGGAUACUGCUAUGAGUGUGUGUCCGGACAAUAUGGUCCAAUGUGUGAGCAAAACUGUCCUAAGAUGUGUAAAACAUGCAAAAACGAGACUAAUUGCGUUUCAUGCAAUGUCGGGUACUUUGGGAAAACCUGUAAAAAAACUUGCCCCGUUAGGUGCAAGGAAAAUACUUGCAAAAAGAAGGACGGAUCGUGUUUUACAUGCAAACCUGGAUAUUUCGGAAUGUUCUGUGAAAACAUUUGCCCGGAAUCCUGUCAAUUAUGUGACCAAUAUGAUUCAUGUUCCGAAUGCAAAGCUGGAUAUUCAAAUACACAGAAACAGUGUACAUGUAGAACUGAUAUUUGUUUAAAUUCGGUAGGUUGCGACUCAUGCACAAAUAUUUCAUAUUAUGCAAAUGAUAAUGAGUGUUGUUUGUGCAGUAUUAAUCACUGUGUUUCCUGUACAAAGACGAUUGAUAACAUUCAUUGUAAAACUUGCAGAAAGGGGUAUUUUCCACACAAUAAUGGACAAUGUAAAACCUGCAAUUCGCAAUGCGUCGACAAUGAAUGCGAUCCGUCUUCGGGAAGAUGUCUUCAAGGAUGCACUCACGGGUACUGGAAUCAAACCUGUGACAUAAGGUGUGAUCCCGAAUGUGUAUCUUGCGAUCAAGCAGAUGGAUCUUGUUCAAAAUGCAAAUAUAAUACAAAAUAUGGACCUUCCUGUAAGCUUGAAUGUAGCAAUACCUGUGAAAACUCCAUGUGUGACAUUUAUGGAAAUUGUACAAAUGGAUGCAUUACAAAUAAGUUUGGAAAGCAAUGUGAAAACACAUGUGAUGAACAUUGUACACCAAAUGAAAACAAAACUAUUUGUUCCGAAAAGACAGGAAUGUGUUUUUACGGCUGCCAAACCGAAUUCAGGGGGACAUUUUGUCCUCAAGAAGCGGGGAAACAAAACUGGUCAAUAGCAGCACUUGGUGUUGGUAUUGCCGGAGGAGUUGUAGUUCUUGCUGCCAUUGUGGUUGUUGGACUGUUUUUGCUUCGACGAAGUAGAGUCAAUUUGAGAAUUAUAAGCAAAGCACAUGGAAAAGAACCUGAGAACUUGUUGGAGAUGUACGCCAAGGUGAACAAUGGAAGAAUGCCCACUUACCAAAGUCCAACAACAAACAGGUCCGGAAAUGAAAGGACGCCUAUCUUGACAGAAGACAAUCUUGAAAUUGACGAAGAUGAUGCUUCUGCAAGGGAGUCCGCAAUAAUAUUUGAGGAAAAUGGAGGGUUUUAUUUUAACAACGCUGAAGAAAUUAGCAAAAUCAAAUUGAAUGUGACCGAUCUACCGGAAUAUGUACACAAUAUAUGUAUUACGGACCUAGAAGAAGAAUUUCAGAAAAUUCCAUACGGUCUUGUAAAACCCUAUGGCGUUUCACAAACGAAACUAAACUUGCACAAAAAUAGGUACAGAGGACUCUACCCGUAUGAUGAUACGCGAGUUUUAGUUCGCGGUGGAGAAACAGACUACAUUAAUGCAAGCUUUAUAGACGGAUUCAGAAGGCGAAAUGCAUAUAUUGCUACAUUGGGUCCAAUGGCUAAGCAGCUCGGCGAUUUCGGCCAAUUCUGGCGAAUGGUCUGGCAACAGAAAGUGGAGAAGAUUGUCAUGGUGACUAACUUGGUAGAGGGAAAGAAAACCAAAUGCGAGCAAUAUUGGCCGGAUCAUUACCAAAGAAAUGUGUUCGGCGAUAUAAAGGUUGUGUGCAAGGAUGAAAAACUGUACACAAAUUUUAUUUGGAGAAACUUUACUCUUUUUAAGAAUUCUGAGAAACGAAGUCUACAUCAUCUACAGUUUACAAGCUGGCCAGACAAGGACAUCCCUGAUGAUGUCACAUCAUUUAUAGAGUUUAGACAGAGGGUUAAUGCCUUGGCGAGUACUUUCGAUGGACCAGUAGUUGUGCAUUGCAGUUCUGGCGUAGGAAGAACGGGAACCUACAUAGCUCUAGACAUUCUUACAAAAGAGGGUGAGGCAGAAGGAUCUAUAGAUAUCCCGGGAUGCGUUCUCAAUAUGAGACAGAACAGACCCAACAUGAUUCAGACCUUGAGUCAAUACAAGUAUAUUCACCAAGCUUUGGUCCAUACAUUGACUCCUGAUCGUGUGUUUAUACACACGUUUAUAAGAAGAGAACACUUCAGUCAAUAUAUGGACAAAUCAAGUAAACAGGAGAUACAGAAGCAGUUUGAGAGAAUGCAAUCGGAUCAUGAGAAAAAGUCGGAUAAGGAAUUGUUAGCUACGGAACAGAAUCGGCUCCUGGCAAAAAAGAACAGGAAACACGCGGACAUACCAGGUAUCUCCAAAAGACCGCAUCUGAAUCUGUUCAUGAAUACAGACGAAUCCGAUUACAAAAAUGCGAUAUGCAUCGACGGUUUUAAAACAAAGAACCGCUUCUUGGUUGCAAAAACACCUCUGCCCGACACAGUUUACGAUUUCAUUGCACUUACUGUUCAAGAAAACUGUUCCUGUAUCGUUAGUAUGGAGGCACACCUGGAAAAGCAUAAGAGAAUUGGCUUAUACUUUCCUGGUGACAAUCAAACAAUGAAGAAGGGAAUAAUUUCCGUACAAGCAAACACAGAUCAAAGGGCAAGAAACUUCGUUAAAAGAAUGCUGCAUUUCAAGCACGAAGGAACGACCAAGAAAGAUGUGACAAUUCCACACUUUCAAUAUUUGGACUGGGAUACAAAGCACAACAUUCCUAAAUCGACAAAAAGCUUCGUUGCCUUCAUCAAAGAGAUUGAAGCCGUAUCCAAAUCCUCUAGCCUGAGUGGACCGAUACUGUUGCAUUGUCUAAACGGUGCUGGAAAGAGCGGCCUUUUUUGUGUUGUCUCGAUAUUACUUGAACAAUUGGAUGAAGAUAAUGAAGUCAGUGUGGUCAAUGCGGUGAAAAAGGUCAGAGCUGGAAGACCGCUCGCUAUUCCAAAUAAGGAACAGCUUUACUUCUGCUACGAGUGUGUUCUCCAUUCCGUGAACGAAACCGAUAAAGCUGUGUAUUACAACCUAAGAGGUGAUAUCCAGAGAAAAUGAACACGGCUGACCAAAUCGGCGCAAUGACACACGUAGUGUUAACCUUGACUCGAAAGCAUGAAAGUGUAUAUAUUUAAUAGUCAAAUGAUGACAUAUUAAGUAAUGUUUUUCAUUACAUUGAGACAUGAUGGCAAAAUGGAAAUUAUUUCCAUGUAACUUUAUUGCAACACUAUAUCACCUUCAUAGUAAUUCACCUGCAAAUAUAAACAUUGUAUUGUAAAUUCGUUGUAUUUGGUUUGACUGUAUAUAUCCCUGCUUUUAUUACUUUAACCAUAUUGUAGAGUGUUUUCUUGGUAUAUUCUUAAAUGAUUCUCUCUAGCCUCAAUUUCUCAAAGCAUAACUCACUUAAGUAUCUUAUUUUAUUUGGUAAAGUUACUUACUUAGAUAUGAUUUAAUAAAACCAAAAGUAGCUUAUCUUAUUGCUCUCAAAUACUAUUUCCUGUACAAAACCCAUUACUCUUUAAAAAGAGAAUAUUUCUUGAUACAAACCAAAUCCAAAAUAAUCUUGAGCUUGAUCCUGUUAUGCGGGACUUCAGAUGUCUUGAGAAAUUCUGGUGGAGAAUUUCAAACAGGCAAUGUUUUAUAUGCAGGCGUACAGUGUCAACAAUUGAAAUUGAUUAGUAACAAAGGUAUUGCAAUAUAUGCACGCUACUUAUAGCUUGGUUAGCUUGCCUAAAUGUUACAGAAAACAUUCUACAUCAAAUCCUCGUGAGUGAAAACUAUUAUUACUAUCAUGUUAUUUAUGUAUAUACAAUUAUAAAUUUCAUUGUGUUUUUGCAAGGGCUUUGUACAUUCUACUUUGAAUACACACUUUCUUUGUAAAUUGUUAAAAAUAGACAUAAGGAAUAGUUUUUUAUUUGUUGUUGUAUUUAACAAGGGUUUUUACGUAUGUUUAAGUGUUGUAAGCGUUUAUAUGUAAAAUAGCAUUUCAUAAGUUUUAUUGUUCAAUCAGGAAAUGUAUUGAAGGAGCAGAUGUGCACGCAAUGGUGGAGUUUAUGAAAUAUGUACAGCUGUGUAUAUCUUUGUGCAGUACUGUUGCUUAACAGCUUAUAUUACUAUUUUGUAUUGUAGUUUUGAAAGAAAUCAUUUCAAUGAAUUACUUAAUUUUCUAAAUACUUUGAAGUGUCCAAAUGAUGAACUUGAAAUAAUUAGUAUUAUUAAAUAAACGAUAAGUCUACAGUCUCUCAGGUGUCAAGACAGCCAUCGAUUGAGCAUGCUAUAUAUAAUAUUCACUGGGGGGUAUCCUGAUCUAAAAAUAGAAAAUAUUUCAAUUAAUACAUUCAAUGUUUUUGAUUUGGUAAUAAGUGUUCUCUUCAUAUGUUCACUUGUUCCCGAUUAUUAUGGGAAUCAAUCAGUUAAAAACAUCCGGCUGGGUUUGUAUUGUUUUCAUUGCCAUCUUGAAUGUUGUUGAAUUUAAAUGGAAAAUAAUCUAUUGACAUUUCCGGAAUCAAAAUGUCAUAUUGCUGUCAAAGAUCAAAUGACAAUGUUAACAUUAUAUUGCCAUACUUUUCAAUCGGGCCCAAACUAUGAUCUUGUUUAAAAAGAAAAUAAUACGCAUGUCAUUUUCCAUUUCAUUGACAUAAUUGCAUAUUUAUUGAUAUGUUUGAUCAACAGAUAUUAUGACCU